ACAGCACCAUGGGUAGCUCCCCCGAGGUGCUCUCCUGGACCUCCUGCCCUGGCCUGCUGGUGGGCAAGCUGAAGGAGGAGCUCAAACUGACCGUGGUCGGGGAUGCCAUGAAGAAGAGCCCCAGCAGUGCAGGCCCCACGCCGCCCCAGCCUCCGCCCUCCCCUCCGCCUCCUCCUGUCAUCACAGACCUGGCCCCGCCCACACACCUGUUGGUGCCCCUCCAGAUGUUGGCGCCCCCGGGGGCGGAGGAGGAGGCUGGGCUUGGGGGCCCAAGCCCCCCCAUCACGGCCCUUAGCGAGGACUCGACACGGGAGGGCCACUUUGAUAACAGCGUGCUGCAGCUGCAGGAGCACGACCAUGACCAGGAGGAUGCUCAGUCCCCCCACUCCUGCGGCCAGGGAGGGUGUGUCAGCGGCGGGGAGGAGGGGACCGGGGAGGGGGGAUACCCCAUGGACCAUAGCGGAGGGGGCACACACAACCACCCCCACCCUGACGACAUCAAGCUGCACUUCCAGAGAGCUGGCUCUGGCGGAGGGGGGUUCCUGGAAGGCUUGUUCGGCUGUCUAAGGCCGGUCUGGAACAUAAUUGGGAAGACCUACUCCACAGAGUACAAGCUACAGCAGCAAGACAUGUGGGAAGUACCGUUUGAGGAGAUCUCGGAGCUGAAGUGGCUGGGCAGUGGGGCACAGGGGGCCGUCUUCUUGGGGAAGUACCACUCAGAGGAGCUGGCCAUCAAGAAGGUCCGCGAGCAGAAAGAGACCGACAUCAAACACCUCCGCAAGCUCAAGCACCCUAACAUCAUCGGCUUCAAGGGGGUGUGCACCCAGGCCCCAUGCUUCUGCAUCCUGAUGGAGUACUGUGCCCAGGGCCAGCUGUACGAGGUGCUGCGCGCCGGCCGCAAGGUCACCCCCUCCCUCCUGGUGGACUGGGCAUCUGGCAUCGCCAGCGGCAUGAACUACCUGCACCUCCACAAGAUCAUCCACAGGGACCUCAAGUCCCCCAACGUGUUGGUCACUCACAACGACACUGUGAAAAUCUCAGACUUUGGAACCUCCAAAGAGCUCAGUGACAAGAGCACCAAGAUGUCGUUUGCCGGUACGGUUGCCUGGAUGGCCCCCGAGGUGAUCCGGAACGAACCAGUGUCUGAAAAAGUGGACAUCUGGUCAUUUGGCGUGGUGCUUUGGGAGUUGCUGACAGGAGAGAUCCCGUACAAGGAUGUGGACUCGUCUGCCAUCAUCUGGGGCGUGGGCAGUAACAGCCUACACCUCCCUGUGCCUUCUACCUGUCCCGACGGCUUCAAGCUGCUCAUGAAGCAGACAUGGCAGGGUAAGCCCAGGAACAGGCCGUCCUUCAGGCAAAUCCUCCUCCACCUCGACAUUGCCUCUGCAGACAUACUGGGAGCCCCUCAGGAGACGUACUUCAAGUCCCAGGCGGAGUGGAGGGAGGAGGUGAAGAAGCACUUUGAGAAGAUAAAGAGUGAAGGGACCUGCAUCCACCGCCUGGAUGAGGAGCUUAUCCGACGCAGGAGGGAUGAACUCAGACAUGCGCUGGACAUCCGGGAACACUAUGAGCGGAAGCUGGAGAGAGCCAACAACCUGUACAUGGAGCUGAGCGCCAUCAUGCUGCAGCUGGAGGUCCGAGAGAAGGAACUCAUGAAAAGGGAGCAGGUGGUGGAGAAGAAGUACCCGGGGAACUACAAGCGCCACCUGGUCCGGCCCAUCGUCAGGCCGAACGCAGUGGAGAAGCUCAUCAAGAAGAAGAGCAGCUUGACUCACAAGGCCGGGACGGUGGCCGCUAAGAGGCCUGACCUGCUUCGUUCUGAUGGCAUCCCCAGCAUGGAGGUCCUCCCCUCCCCCUCCCCCCUCUCCGGCAGCCCCAAGGUCUCCACACCUCCAGGGAAGACCCGCUACCGCAGCAAGCCGCGGCACCGCCGUGCCAACAGCAAGGGCAGCCACAAUGACUUCCCCGGUGUGCUGAAGUCCAGUGCGGGGCCAUGCGAGGAGCAGCAGCCCCUCCAACUCCACCAGCACCACCACCCCCUGCCACUAGAGUGCCCUCUGCUGCCCCUCCAGGCCCGCCAGAACGCUGUGGCGACCUGUGCCAACAACCUGCGCUACUUCGGGCCAGCCGCCGCCCUCCGCAGCCCGCAGACCGACCACCUGCAACGCCGUGUCUCCGGGUCUGGCCCGGACCUCAUCCCCACGGACUCCUGCCAGCGGACUGCAUCCUCUAGUUCGGGUGCCAGCUCCGGACUGGUUCCGGGUUCCAGUGCCGGGACAGUGUGCCCUUGCUGCCAGGCGCACCCCUUUCCAGGCUGCCUGCAGUGCCAGAAGACCCCCCUGGCACCCAGCCACCCCCAACAGCCCCAGUACUCCCUGCUCAGCACCUAUGAGGCCGCGCCGCCCGCCACGCCCCGGGUCCCAGACCCAGGCGAGGCCCAGGAGAAGGCCCAACCUGAGAGGCAGGAGGCGCCUCGCCUCGUCCUGCCCUCUGGCUUGCCUCGCACACUCAGACCCCUCAGGAAGGGUGCUGACGAGUCAUCUGAAGAGGAGGAGGGGGAGGUGGACAGUGAGGUGGAGUUCCCAAGGAGACAGAGGCCCCACCGCUGCAUGAGCAGCUUCCAGUCCUACUCAACCUUCAGCUCGGAGAACCUGUCGGUGUCAGACGGCGAGGAGGGCAACACCAGCGACCACUCCCACAGCGGGCCGCUGGAGUGCCUGAGCGCCAGCCAGGAGGAGCACCUGGACGAGCUGCUGUCCCACACCCCUGACAUCCCCAUCGACAUCUCCACCCAGUCCGACGGCCUGUCCGACAAGGAGUGUGCCGUGCGCCGGGUCAAGACCCAGAUCUCCCUGGGGAAGCUCUGCUCAGAUGAGCACAGCUAUGAGAACCCCCUGCAGUUCGGGGACUCGGACUGUGACUCCUCAGAGGCAGAGUGUUCUGACGCCACCAUCAGGAACAACAAGCCCGGCGCCCCCCCCUCCUGGUGAACCAUGCCCCCACAUUGACCAGGUCUCACCCCCUCUGCCUGGAGACCCCGCCCCUCCACCCUGCAGGAACUAUGGCAAUAAAAGGACCCCACUGUAAAGACAACUCCCCGUCAUCUCCCAUAGCAACGCCCCUGCAAUAGCUCCCAGCCCUCCCUCUUCCCAGUAUCUAGGCAACCUAAGGCAGGGAUCCCAUUUGAAUGAUACUGUACAGUAACUAGUGUAACAUUCAUAAUUUAUUUUUGUCUGAGUUUGAGGGAAAAUCAGGAACUCUUAAGACUUUAAGAUGAACAAAAAAAUUACAACUCUAAAAACAACACACACCCACACACACCCACUGUGUUAGUGAGACUGAGGGUGAAGGAGUCCAGAACGAUGGAGGAACGAUACAGGACAGUAGGACCUGGUUGCUGGUCCUACGUAGGCAGAUGGCCUAACUGUGCCAUACUAGACACAGACUACCCCCCCCCCCCCCCCCCCCCCCCCCCCCUCUGGCCACCAACCAGCCCUGUUUUUCUCAGACUAGUAUGAUGUCCUGCCUGCUUUAUUGUAAGUUUACAGAACAAAACAACGCUCCUGGCAAACUCCCAAGACAGGGAUGAACAGGGGAAAAAAUACAGUGUGAACAACACCAGCAUGAAUACCCCCCCACCCCCUCACCUCUUCCUCGCUCUCCCCCUAACAAGUCUGCUCCAUGGAGCCCCCUGCUGUCUCAUAUCAGCAAGGCCCUAAAUGGCUCGCAACCAACUAAGGACCUAUGUGUGUGUGAGUCAAGAGGAUGAUGGGCAAGCACACAGACAGAUAUUCCAGAGAGCAGGCAGGAGCUGGAAGAGGUACGAACUCCAGCACCAUUCCGGCUGUUAAAGAAGGGAGGAAGGCCAGGAACGAGGUCACCUCUCCUUCCCCCGUCCCUAGUCCCCUAACCCUGCUCCCUCCUCUGUCAAGACAAGCCUUCUCUACUCACAUCAUCACCAGUCAGAGAUUGUACCGAGUAUCCAGUGUCAGUGUUUUAUGAACAUGCCCCACAGACUGUGCAGGCAUGCCAGCAUGUCUCCCCUCAAGGUGCCCUCAGAGAGAGCAGUGUUGACUGGCGAGGGUGUGUUUGCGUGUGUAUGUUUCGGGUAUGUAUUACAGAUAAGCCUUGUUCUUCAACACCUGUUCAGUAUCAUGGUGGGAGUGCUGGUUGGAGAGGUACUGUGUUAUGUAGUUAGUGUUAGGGUGCAGUAUCCCUUCUGGACCGUGUGACGCAGGUUGAUGUGUGAGGAGUGUGUGUUGGGUUUCUAGACUAGACGCGAGGUGAAACCAUAGCAAAGAUAAGUGAUAGCUACCUGGAUGCUGUGUUGUACUGAAUGAAACAGCAAUAAUGUAGGCUCUCUCAGGACCAGGUCUGUCCAGCAGGCUGGCCAGCAAUGCUGACAGGGUGCAAGGAAACGUUUGUGACAAACAAGUUUUAGAUACCUAUAUUUUUACAGCAGUUUCGUAGUUGUAAACAGCUACGUUUUGGUCAGGUAUUUGCCUUUGCUGGUGUGAUGCUCAGGUUUUUGUUUGAAGAUAGAGAAUAGGAGCAAAUGCAUUGUCCACUAGAGGUAGAUAGCUGGAAGGGAUUCAUUUUGCCUUGUGUUAUGUAAUGUAGUGCUGGCUUCAUUCCUUUUGAUAUUAAAAGGCCAGUUGUCGGAUAUCAACAUUUUCAUUCUAUACUAAGUUCCUCCCAGUGAUCCUUCUAGAACUUCUGUUUUAUCCACUUUAGAAAAGGGAUACUGCAUCUUGGGUAACUAUGAACACAUUAAAUAUUUAUCACAUGACCCUGUGUUCUAACAUUUGUUUGUUCAUAUGUGUGUGUUCUAGGAUAGCCAGUCAAGGUUGAAGUUCACGUGAUUUAAGUCGAGUAUCUUCUUAAAUCAAAUGUACUGCAGGGUUGUAAUUUUACAGGGAGGAAUGCAAGCCAGGGCUCAGGUCUGGGACCACAGAGGUAACCUCCCUGGUCUCUAAGAUCUCAAUGCCACCUUCUCUUCUGAAUAUAAACCAUUGUUUAACCUUGUAUGACCUGUCCAAUCCGGUGUCAUGUGACCAGGUCAGAGCUACCAACUGUCACAUAUCCAAUGACCAGGGGGGGGGGGG